CUUUGGGAGCAAGUUAUUCUCGGCACUAUUAAAAAUAACGCGAAUGACCUGAGGAGUGAAAAUGCGCAAAUGCGCGACCCACAACUCGGACGGCGAUCUCAGUGGAUACAGCAUCUUAGCUGGGGCUCACUGGUAGCAGUCAGAUCAGCCCCUUGCCUGCAAACAGGGAAGCGGUGGACACUGUUGGUGAAGGAGUCCCGCUCAUUCCCUCGGGGUCGAGCAGUGAUGCGGGGAAAAACAGGAAAUUUAAAUGUGCAAACUGCGGAGCUAAACGCUGCGUUCAGCGGAAGGGGAGAAUAAAAGGACAAGAGUGGCCGUUAUCGGCAAAAUCCCGAAAAGGGCUUCCGAAGAACAGAGAUCACCCUGCGGCAAGAGCAACAUCUCCAGUUAUACAGGGGAAAAGGGGGGUGAGACACCUUGCGCACGCCGUCAUCUCGCCCAAAAUGGGCACAAUUUCACGGUAAACGGCUGUUGACAGUGACCCAGGGAGCGCAAACGGACAUCGGGGCUCCCUUGCUGUCCUCUUCCAUGCAAGGACAGCGCUUAUAUAAUUAAAGAAAAGACCGCUGCGAGGAUAUAUACACGCUUUGUUGGGAAAACUUGCUCAUCCACCACGGCGCACUCAGGCAGGGUUUUCCAGAAGUCAUCUCAUCCCAGCCGAACCUCAAAACGGAAACCUAAUGUUUUUCUGACUACACCGGAUAACAAGCAGACAGAUCACAAUAAUGCCCUCUUUAGAAAGAGCGAUGGGAACUUUGCACAUUUUCUUGGUCAUCACCCGACGUUAAAAAGACCGAUCAGGGUGGCAAUCGCAGAGCAGAAAAAAGCUAUUUCCCCCUGAGAUAAACAGCCUUCACUUUCUCUUCUUAAGCCUAAUGGAAGUUUGUGAGACAGCGAAAGGAAACAUGUUGCUUCUUCGCACUCGUCAAUUAGUCAUGGCUGUACUUUUCACAGCAGUCGACUGUCGAGGUAUCCUGGAGACCUUGCCAAGGUUCUCGUCCACCCCCACCUACCUGCCGGUUGACUACCAGGUGUUGAACGCCGAUCUGGCUUUCUUCCUCAAGGAGGCUAACCAGGACUUCAUGCGGAACUCAAGCCUGCAGUUGCGGACCGAGGCUUUCUUUGUGUAUCAAGCGCGCCAUGUCCCGUCGGUCAACGCCAGCUAUGGGCCGCUCUCCGUGGAGCGGCCCGUGCCCCUGGAGCUGCUGCAGCCGCCAGGCCCUCUCGUGCCCUCCUCCAUGUUCACCUUCAACUGGAAGGUGCAGGCCUUCAUCCUAGGCGACAGGAUCUACCCGGGCUGGCCCAAGGUGCAGGUGCUGUUCUAUGUGGCGGGCCGUGACUGGGACGACUACAGUGUGGCCGAUCGCCUGCCCUGCGUCCAGAUGUUUGCCUUCCACGAGACCCAGGAGGUGCGGGGCACGUGCCGGCUCCGUGGGGAGCUGGGCCUCUGCGUGGCCGAGCUGGAGCCCCUGGCUGGCUGGUUCAGCCCACCCAGCGUGGUGCCAGGCAGACAGAGGGCUCCCGGGCAGCCCGAGGGCACCCCAGUGGAGCUGUACUACCUUCUGCAGUCUGCCGAGGGGGGGCAGUGUGGCACCGAAGACCCACGUAAGGGCAACGGCAUCCGCUUGGAACAGGCAGGGCCUUUCAGCUCGCCCAUGCGGAGGAUCGGCAAUGUGAGGCUCUGUCAGGGAUCCCCGGUUCUACCGCUGGCCGAUCACCGUCUGGACAAGAACUUUGUGGUACAGGUGCCAUCGGGACCCGUAAGGCAGCGGGACGUCUUCAGUGCAUACCUCUCAACCCCGUCGUUUUUUCCUGUGGACUCCUUCAUCCUCAGGGUGAAAUUAAAAGAGGGCGUGGUGUUCCUGGGGGCGAAACCAACGGCGGCGAUGCUGUGGGCGGUGAGCCAGGACAUGCCGAGCAACAGCCGGCGCGUCGUCACUCUGCACUGCCGCCGCAAGGAAUCCGGCUUCAUCCAAAGGACGGAAACUGGAUUCCAGAAGAUUCUGCAGGUGGACCUAGAGGUGGAGGGUUUUCUAGGUCAGCUGGGCGGCCGGUCACUCACCUGGCAGGUGGAGUAUCCGGGCAGCCGCAGGUUCACCGAGGAGGUCGAGACCGAGGUGCGCUUGGCUCAACAGGAGCUGAGAGGCGUCGUGCCAUUGGCCAUGGACACGGAGAUCCUUAACACGGCCGUGCUGACAGGACGGACGGUGGCCGUGCCUGUGAAGGUGGUGACAGUGGGCGCGGAUGGCAAGGUGACCGACGUGUCCGACGCCGUGAAGUGUCGCACGCUGGACGAGGACGUGGUUAAGGUGUCAGACAGGUGCGACUACGUCUUCGUCAACGGGAAGGAGAUGAAGGGCAAGGUGAAGAUGGCGGUGAACUUCACCUACGGCCACUUGAGCGCCCAGCUGGAGAUGACGGUGUGGAUCCCCCGCCUGCCCCUGCAGAUCGAGGUGUCCGACACCGAGCUCAGCCAGAUCAAGGGCUGGAGGGUGCCCAUCGUGACCACAGGGCAGAGAUCUGCGCGGGACAGCGAGGAAGAGGAUGAGGAUGAGCGGCGGGGGCGCUCCUGCGGGCUGCAGUACCAGCAGACGGCGCUGCGCGUCCUGGCACACUUUGUGGCGGAGGCACCCGAUGCCCGCUCGCCCGCUGCCUUCAUGCUGGGCAGCGACUGGCAGGCCGACGUCACAGAGCUGGUGCGUGACUUCCUGAAGGUGGAGAACCCUCGCGUGGCCCGACUCAGGGACGGCCGUGUGCUGGUCGGGAUGGACGUGGGCAUGACCGCCAUCCAGGUGCUCUCUCCCCUGUCUGACGCCAUCCUGGCUGAGAAGACGGUGACAGUGCUGGAGGACAAGGUGACCAUCACGGAGCUGGGCGUGCAGCUGGUCACAGGCCUCUCGCUCUCGCUGCAGCUCAGCCCUGGGAGUAACCGGGCCAUCGUCGCCACGGCGACCGCACAGGAAGUGCUGCAGAGCCCUAAGCAGGAGGCGCCGAUCAGUGCGUGGCUCCAGUUCAGCGAUGGCUCCAUCGUGCCCCUGGAUCUGUAUGAGCCGGGCCUCUUCGUGCUGUCAGUCACCUCUCUGGACGAAGGCGUGGUCACUGUGCGGCAGGACCCGGCUUGGAGGUGGCCCAUCGUCGUGGCACAGGCUGAGGGCCAGGGGGCGCUGCUGAGGGCAGAGAUCACUGUCAGCGAGACAUGCCAGAAGUCGAAGCGGCGCAGCGUGCUGGUGGCCGGCAGCGGCAUCAUCAGGGUCCGUUUCGGCUCAGGGGAGGAGCUGGAGAACCAUCCCGGCGACCGGCGCCAGCCGCGGCCCGACGGCCAUUUCUACGGCAGCUCUGUUGCCGGCAUGGAGGACGGCGUCGCACGGCGGUCCACCACCACCAGGAGCGCCAUCCUCAGGCGGCCAGGGGGAGGGAGGCUCACGGACGAUGGUGGGCUGGGCCAGAAUGGCCCCAUUGACUUCUCUGAUUUCCCAGCCCAGGUGGACCUGCCCGGGGACACGGAGGACGACCUGGUCCAGGCGCAUCGUGGGCUCUCCGAUCUGGAGAUCGGCAUGUAUGCCCUGCUGGGGGUCUUCUGCCUGGCCAUCCUGGUCUUUCUCAUCAACUGCGUCUCUUAUGCUCUCAAGUAUCGGCAUAAGGAGCUAUCUGAGGAGGGUCCGGAGACCCUGGGCCACGCCCACGACUGGGUGUGGCUGGGCCAUGAGGCGGAGCCUUCGGAGGGUCACUCCUGCUCCUCCCCACAGCAGGAAGAGCGUGGCUCGGUGACGGACGCGGGCGUGGCCUUCGAGGAAGGCAGCCACCUGCUGAACGGCGGUUCGAGCAGGAAGAACGUGCAGGGCCAGGUGCACCGGGAGGCGGGGGGGGGUCCCGGCGGCGUGGCCCACAAGGGCGACUCGCCCACCAGCAGGCGCAAGCGCGUCAAGUUCACCACAUUCACCACCAUCCCGCUGGACAACGGCUGCCCAUCCCUUAGCCCCGUCGUCGCUGGUCACAGCGACGACAUCAAGUGGGUCUGCCAGGACAUCGAGCUCGCGGAUUCCAAGGAGCUGCGGGAUUACAUGGAGAGACUAAACGGCAACGCCCUGAAGGAUGCCGCGUAACGCCCCCUGCUGGCAGACUGGCGGAACACUCACCCUUAUGCCUUUCCGAGAGAACAGCAACACGGUCCUGCUGGACCUCGUACAGGCGGCGCCUUGUCAUGACAACGGGACGGAAUCUUCAUUGUGACUUGUUGUCAUGGGAACUACAAAAAGGCCAUUCAUCAUAAUUUAAAAGAAAAGGAAAAUAUCCCACUGAAUCCCACAGAGGACUAAAACUGUUAUUAAGGAACAUACAGUUACCAGAAGGGAAAUGACAAACAGGAGUAAGGAUGUCUAUUUUUCUGUUCCAAUAGUACUUUUUUUCUUUUAAUGUUUGAGUAUGUUUUUUAAUGACAUUUUGAUUUUAUUAAUAUUCUUUUUUGUGUCCCUAUUCCAACAUUUCAGUAUGUACUGUCUAACAAUGUGCAGCAGACCUUGUAGAAUUAAGAAUGUAAUAUUGAUGAAUAUUUGAGUUGUAAAUAAAAUGCACAUAGAAUGGUUUGGGAAUGUUUCCACGUUUUGUAGCAUUCAGAUUUUUUUUUUCAUAUUUAUAUUCUGUUUUUUACCCCUCUGGUUAUCUGCUUUUUCAAAGCUGUUUUUCUCCCAUAAAAGCUGUUCUUCUUGCAUGCUGCUGAAGAGAAAAGCAGAAGUCACAGGUCUCAUUAUAACUGGAGAAACAAUCCAGCCCACAGCUCUGUAAAUAGUAUCCAGCAGUGUCUCAAGAUCGCAGAUGGGGGGUGGGGGGGAUUGGGGUGCAGGGACAGAAUACAAAAUGACACUGCAUUGAUGUGCUGUAAAUUGUAUUUUCAUAUGCAACAUUUAAAGGAAAUAUGUCAACAGGAGGCGUUAAUUCAGCCCCGUCUUGACAUCCUUGGCUUCUUGUGGUACCCAUUAUUUUCAAUUAAGAUGCCACCUGUAUUUGACUAUCAUAAAGACAAUGGGUCUAUGCAGUAUAAAUGCGGUAUUUGUGUGAGUUCCAGCUCCUUAUGUGGAGUUUGUGCAGGUUCCCCCCGCAGCCCACAGACAUGCACUUAGGUGGACUGGAGAGUCUAAAUGACCCUCAGUGUGUGAGUGUGUAUAUGUACCCUUCCUCCCCAGCCUCGUGCCCCGUGCUUCCUCCGUGCUCCAGGCCCUCUGUGCCCUGGUUCCAGAGAAGCUUUUAUGAAAGAUGGCUGGAUACAUAUAUAGUAAAUUCCACAAUGUGAUACAAUUUUCAAAAUUUAACCUGUUCAGGGGAAGACAGAGAGAAAAUGGUGUACUGGCUCAGACUCUGACAGUGUUCA